CGAACAGCCUAUCCAGGUCAAGAUUAUCGACACUCCGGGCUUUGCGGAUAUCCGUGGAAUGCAAAAGGACAAAUCAAACAUGGAUUUCAUUACCUCAUAUCUGUCAAACUACCCUGUGAUAGACGGCGUUGUGUUCCUGAUGAAAUCAAACACCAAUCGUCUCAAUGUCUGGUUUCGUCCUUGCAUCAAAGUUCUCUUUUCGAAGUUCCCAACAUUGAGCACCAAGUGUAUCAUGUUCAUGUUCACACAUGCUCGAAGUACACUUUUUCGACCUGGCGAAUCCUUACAGACAUUAAAAUUGCUAAUUGACCGGAUUCGGGAAGAUAAUAUUGCAGAUAUGGCAAUUACGAAUGAGAACUUGUUCAUGGUGGACAAUGAGGCACAUCGCUAUCUCCUCGCCCGAGAGCAGGUUCGGUUUUUUGAAGAUGAAGAGAAUCACUUUGCAAAUUCAUGGGACCGUUCUGCUGAAAAUUGCCAGAGACUUAUCCGCAAGCUUGCCGGUGUGCCUUGGGACAGCCGACACCAGUCUCCACCGAGGUACAAGAUUCGACGUGUCCUCGAAGAACUCCACAGGGCUAUGGUUGAUGUUGCAAUAUCAACAGUGACCGAUGCUCGCUUAAUUCAGCACCAUAUGUCAGCUUUGGCGUCCAAACAAGUGGAUGUUGGUGAGCUGAAAAAUUCUCUCCAUAUAACAAGCUUGAAGACAGUUCGAAGAAAGCUCCCAUACCCGAUCUUGGUCUGCACCCAUGAAAAUUGCAUCGAAAGCAUACAAUGUGAAGACGGACGAUCAAUUACUGAUUACGUGACUCGAUGUCAAGUUCCGUGCUACAUCAAAGAACAGCCGAGUCAUCUGUCGACAACUCCUUCCCUUCGAAACUGUCCCUCGAUGCGGCUGGGAACCUGCCGAAAGUGCUCUCAUGACCACACUCAUCAUUUGCCUAUUGAUUGGGAAAUUGGAUACCAACACUGCGAGAUGGUAGACAAUCGGGUUCAGCAGCAGAUAGUAGCGGCUGAAGAAACAAAUGCCACCAUUCAAAUGCAGAUCCAAUCACAACGCGACACACUCGAACAACUUGAAUUCGAGCAGCUUGAUAUCGUGAAGAUAUUUGCAUCCUUCGCCGCCUUUUUGCAAGUCUGCAGUCCUCAGCCUUCAACAGAUGUAUUCCGAAACCUCCUCGAUAGUCGCCUCAAAACGGAGAGAGAAUCCACGGCGAUAGAAUAUCGUCAGCUGAAAACUGAUGAGUCCAGAGUCGCGAUACUUGACAAAUGGAUAGAAAAUUAUGAUGAUCAGAAGAAUAUCAUUCUUGAAGGUAUGUCCAGCCAGCCUGCUUGGAAAACGAAGUCGGAGAAUGUCGUGAUCCAGAUGGGCAAGCUUUACAAACUCAAACACAGCGGAUCUCAGUUCAAGGCGCUUGCGUAUAAUCCAAUGUUCGAUGUUGUGUGAACUGGGAAUACGACGUAAAUGAAUCCGGUUGGGGUUUGGAUUUUCAGGAAAGUAGGUCUAGAACGACCCUGUAUCUGGCCUUUUUUUUUUUGUCAAUAACGAAGAGUUUGAGUGUUCUCGCCACCAGCAUCACUGAUGCUCAAAUAACAAAGGUUAC